UGUCGAGAAGAACUUGGCACUUCCUUGUCAGCGUUGUGUACAGUUGUGAUUGGGAGUAGAGUUCAAUGAACCACCCAUGGAAGUAUAAGAGCUCCUAUUUUAUUUUUCUGCCUUCUAAACAAUCUCCUUAGCUUAUAUUUUCCUGUGAAGCCUGGGGAAUCAGACAACAGGCUGCAGGACACGAAGCAAAGCUAGGGGAAGCCGAGCUAGCUUUAUAGCUAAGCACUUGAGUGGUGGUCUGUCAGUGGCUGCAGGCUAACUAAUGGAAAAUGGAUUUCCUCUGUGAAAUAGUUCAAGCCUUGGUCGCAUUAGCAGCCCUGGGUUUAAUUGUGGUGCUCGUUGUAGCACACGUCACUGCCGGGAUGGUGAACCUGACAUGCCAUGAGAAGGAGAAGUACUUCCUCACCGCCUCAGGAGAGAAGGAACCGUUCCCCAGCCUGCACGAUCCCCACUCCAGGGAGCUCUCUGUGGUGAUCCCGGCCUACAAUGAGGAGCUCCGGAUGCCUGUGAUGUUGGAAGAAGCUAUGGAGUACUUAGAAAACAGACAGAAACAAAACCCCUCUUUUACCUAUGAGGUCAUUGUGGUUGACGAUGGCAGCAAAGACAAAACCACAGAGGUUGCUUUGGGGUACACCAAGAAGUAUGGUGCAGAUAAAGUGCGGGUCCUGACGCUGGUGAAGAACAGGGGGAAAGGAGGAGCUGUGCGGAUGGGAACCCUGAGCUCCAGAGGUAAAGUCAUUCUGAUGGCUGAUGCUGACGGAGCCACAAAGUUUGCUGACAUUGACAAAGUGGAGGCUGGACUUAAUGAUCUCAACCCUAAACCGGAGAACAUGGCAAUUUCCUGUGGUUCCAGAGCUCACCUGGAGAAAGAGUCUGUAGCUCAGCGAUCAGUGUUUCGCACAUUCCUUAUGUUUGGCUUUCAUUUCCUGGUGUGGUUCUUUUGUGUGAGAGGGAUCAAGGACACACAGUGUGGCUUCAAGCUUUUCACACGUGAGGCUGCACUCAAGACUUUUUCCUCUCUCCAUGUGGAGCGAUGGGCUUUUGAUGUGGAGCUGCUGUAUAUUGCUCAGUGUUUUAAAAUCCCCAUAGCAGAGGUGGCAGUCAACUGGACUGAAAUAGAAGGAUCCAAGCUGGUCCCGUUUUGGAGCUGGCUGCAGAUGGGACGAGACCUGAUUUUCAUUCGCCUGCGCUAUAUCACCGGAGCCUGGAAACUGGAGUCAUCGCAUAAGUCUGACUAGCCAAUCAGACGGGCCCCGGUAUCCUAGAGACAGCCUAUGAUAGGGCCAUCAAACCUUUGGAUGAGGUGGGAUUAACAACUGUGUCCAUCACACACUGCAAUCACAAGCGAAGAGCAAAGUACAGUAUGCCUCAUUCUCUUCCUCUCACUGGAGGUGAAGUAAUGACACAGUUGUGGGUUCCUCAUGGUCCUGCCUUUUUCUUUUUUUAUUCGGAUAUUGGCUUGUGAUGGCCACUGUUACACGUACAUCUCUGUUGCUGCGGCCUACAGAAUGUCUGUCUGACUGAUCCGUUUACUAAGUUACUUAAUGUUUAUUUUGUGGCCAAUCAAUUUUAAGUGAGAAAGAAUGACUUGUAGGAAAUGUGAAGGAUCUGCUCAUCUGUGUGUCAUGAUUCUGACAGGUAGACUGAAUGUUGUGAGAUUUUCAAAAGGGAGGGAUUGUACUUUUUUGAGGAAACAUGGCGAUGGGUUGAUGGGCUGGAUGAUUUAAACCAAAAUAAAAAAUUAAAAAAAAUUCAGUGA